GUUCCGGUUUCUUCUUGAUCGGCGCUGCGGCUUCGCUGGAGGCCCGGAGCGGCGGUGCCCUGAGUCUGUUUGUGAUUCUGUACUUCAACAACGAACACUCAUUUUGUCAUCACAGACAAAAUGUGGGGAAAUCCUCGACCAGCCAACAGAAUGGGUCCUUACCGUGGGAGCCAAGAAGAAAGAUUUGCUCCCGGGUGGAACAGGGAUUACUCUCCUCCCCUUGAUAGUCUUGCUCAAGAAAGACACUCUGGCAACUUCUCUGGCAGAGAAUCACUUCCUUUUGAUAUCCAGGGACACCCAGGCAUCCUCAAUCCUCAGUUUGCCAACAGAGAGGAACCUUCUUUCAGCUUUGGAGGUAGAGAUGGACCUCAUAGCGAUUUCAGAGGUGGGGAGGGCCAUUUAUGUGAAUUUGGAGGCAGAGAUUACCCACCUUCUGACUUCCAGAGUAGAGAUGAUUCACACUUGGACUUCAGAGGCAGGGUGCCACUCCAUCCAGACUUUAGAGGCAGAGAGAUGUAUCCAGGAGAUUUCCAGGACAGGGAAGGACAGUCUAUGGAUUAUAGUGGAGGAGAUAUUCCUCCUAUGGAUUACAGGAACAGGGAUGCAUUUCGUAUGAACUACAGGGAUAGGGAAGCUCAUACUGUGAACUACAGGGGCAGAGAUGAUGCCCCAUCAGAUUUUCGUGCAAGGGGAACAUUUGAUUUAGAUUUUAGAAACAGAGAUGGAUCUCAUCCACACUUUAGAGCAAGAGACGUCUCUGAACAGGAGUACAGGGGCAGAGAGCAGCCAUAUUCAGAUUUUAGGAAAAGAGAUGCACCUGAUAUAGACUUAAGGGGUGUGGGUGCAGCUGACCUAGACUUUAGAGACAGGGAUGUACCCCAUUCAAAUUUCAGAAACCGGCCUAAAUCUCAGGCUGAUCAGGAUUUCAGGAGUAGGGAUGUGCCACCAUCUCUGGAUUUUGCAGAUAGGGAAAUGCCCUCGGUGGACCCAAAUGUUGUGGAUUUCCAACACAGUCAAUCUACAGUACCUAUAACAGAUAGAGAAUGCAAGAUAGAAGCGGCUGUACGUAUUGUUAGAGAGAGGUCUUCCUUGGGUGUUCAAAUUGAGGAGUUUCCACAUUCAGAGCCAAGAGCCAGAGAAGAAGAAUCCCAAGGGCAGAAUCCUGAGGCUGAAUCUUCUCUAGAGUUCCAAAAUAGCCGUGGUCCUCUUCCCAAUCUUCAGGACCAAGAUAAGCCUCCUCAGGCCUUUGUUAGCACUCAGGAGCUUUCUGCGGGUGAACAGCAAGUAUCUGAAUCAUCUGGUCAUGGACUGAAGGAAAAAAGUGACCUGGAUUUCCUUGGGCAGCAGGAUACAGAUUACAGAGGCAUUGAAUAUCGGGAUGUAGAUCAUCGGUUGCCAGGAAAUCAGCGCUUUGACUAUGAGCAUGGGAAGUCUUUUGCAGAAGGAAAGUCUUCUAAAGAUUCUCAGCCAGAUCUUCAGGACCAGGAUUACAGGACCUGUCUCAAAGAUAUAAAACCAAGCAAGCUGAUUCGACUAGGAAGAGUUCCUGAAACUGCCACAAAAGAUGAUAUUCUCAAUGCUUUCCAAGCAUGUGAUGGGACACCAGUGAAGAACCUGCGCCUAAAAGAUUAUACUACAGGUUACAACUAUGGCUAUAUCUGCGUGGAGUUUUCCCUCUUGGAAGAGGCCAUCGCCUGCAUGGAAGCCAACCAGGGAAAGCUUGUUAUUGGUGGGAAACAAGUCACCCUGGAAUAUAGCCAGUCCCCUGAAUUUUGGCACUGCAAGCGUUGUAACUUGCCUAGGAUAGGGUAUCGUUCAUCCUGUUAUUUCUGCAAACUCCCAAGAGAUGUAACAGAAGAGAAAGUUGAAAAGGGGGAGGAAGAGUUACCUGAAGAACCAACGCCAGAGGAAGAACCUCUUGAGGAGGCUACUCCACCACAAGAACUUGCUCCUCAGAAGCCUGUGUUGGAGCAGCAGUGCCAGCCUCAGGAACCUGAACCUAAAAAGAAGGAUGAAAUCAGGGAACAGUGGCCUUCACAAGAAAGGAAAAGGGACUCUGAAAUGUAUCCACCCCGAAAGGAAAACCAAGAACGUAGUUCAAGAAAAGCCACUGACACCAAACACCAGGAGGACGAGAGUAAAACGAUUAUGUUAAAACGCAUCCCUCGCUUCACUCCACCGGAAGUGAUUGUGGGGCUUCUGGCACCAUAUGUCCGUCUCUCCACUUCAAGUGUCCGUGUGAUGAAGAACAAAGCUGGUCGGAUGGGCUACACCUAUGGCUUCAUUGAAUUGGACUCUCAUGCUGAGGCCCUCCGGUUAGUGAAGGUUUUACAAGAUCUGGAUCCUCCAAUCAGCAUUGAUGGACGUGCUGUGGAUGUAAACCUAGCCACAGGAAAAAGGAGGAAUGAAUAUGGAGACCAGGGUGAUAAUCCCCGCUUCAGCCAGGGCAAACGGGGCAUGAGUGACAGGAGAGGUGCUGACUCACAGAAACGAAGAUCAGAGUCUUCUUCCGAUGUGUCAACGUUUAUUUAUGACCCAGACACUGGAAACUAUUUUGACCCCAUAACUGGGGUAUACUAUGAUCCCAAUACUCAGAGAGAAGUACCGAUGGGCCGAGAAGCGUCUCCAUCUCCACCACCUCCUAGCGGAAGGAGGCGUAAGAGCCAGGAAAGGACAAGUGAAAGAGAUGAGACAUCCAGUAGAGAUAACAGAGAGAGAAGAGACAGACACAGAAAUAAGUCGGCCAAGAAUGAGUCCCAAGAGGAGAAAUUUCCUGCCGAAGACGUCUUUAAAAAGCCACUACCUCCAUCAUUGAAAAAGGAAGAGAGUGCACCCCCGCCGAAGGUGGUGAAUCCUCUGAUAGGACUCCUAGGGGAGUAUGGUGGAGACAGUGACAACGAGGAAGAGGAUGACGAAGAGGAGCCACAACCACCGCCUCCGCCUCCGCGGCCACCAGUGCAACAGGAAGAGCGGCCUCAGAAGACUGAAAAUGAUGAGGAUAAGCUGACUGACUGGAAUAAGUUGGCAUGUUUACUUUGCCGGAGGCAGUUUCCAAAUAAGGAAGUACUGAUCAAGCACCAACAGCUUUCCAACCUUCACAAACAAAACCUAGAGAUUCAUCGGAAGAUAAAGCGAUCGGAGCAAGAGCUGGCGUAUUUGGAGAGGCGAGAGCGAGAGGGAAGGUUUAAAGAAAAGGGAAGUGACCGAAGAGAGAGAUUUGAGGAACGGAGCUCCCCAGAGAGAAAACGGCCAAAGUACUUCAGGAAUUCUGAAAGUGACUAUAAGCCCAUGGAUAAAGGAAGAAUGGAGAGCAAUAACAAAGGAAGCCGUAUGAUGCAAGCUAUGGGCUGGAAGGAAGGCUCAGGUCUGGGGCGCAAUGAACAAGGCAUGACGUCUCCAGUGGAGCCAGAAAAUCGGAAGAAAGGAGCUGGCUUGGGGACCCAAGGGAGGCCCAGCAGAAGGCAAUCUAAUGAAACCUACAGAGAUGCUGUGCGGAGAGUCAUGUUUGCCCGCUACAAGGAACUUGAAUAAAUGUAGAAAGGAAUCCCAUCACACCCAACACAUCCUGUACCUUUUGGUCCUUCUCUGUGUCCGUCUCUUGUUUUUUUGAAUCAAUGUUCUUAUUUGCUGCUGAAGUGUGUUUUUGUUCUUCGUUUUUCAAUAAAACAGAAAAGUCAA